GGAGUUCAGUGUGACUGGGCGGUGUUUAAUUCGGCCAAGGAAGGAGCCAACGCUACCAUUCAAGCCAUAAUUUUCGCUUGACUGCGGUGCCGACCACAACAGCAUGGGUACAGCACUGUGCAGGUGUAACUAUAUGCUGUGCCUGCAGUAGCAGUAAGGCUUGCCAGUUAGCGGUGGUCCCGUCUGCUGUCCUGUGCGCUGUCUUCAGCGAUGCCUUUGUUGAGAUGAGUGUGAAGGCUUUUGAGCUUGUCCCCGCUGUGGAGCGAGAUCUCCUCAUGGGCGACAAGGCUCGCAUCAACAUCGAGUGCAUUGAAUGUUGUGGGAAGCACUUGUACGUGGGUACCAAUGACUGCUUCAUCCACCACUUCCUGUUGGACGAAGUCACUUCCUCCAAAGGAAAACUGAGUUACUCGGCUCAAAAGCUACUGCACAAAUACCUGGGCCUCAAGAAACCAGUUGCUGAGCUGCGGGCUGCUUCUGCCUUGGAGCGUCUGAUAGUGCUUUGUGAUGGAAUAGUGUUUCUCAUCGAUAUGGUGACACUGGAGACUGUGCCUUCAGCAGCAGGUGGUGGAGCCAAGAUCAGAGGUGUGACGGCGUUUUGCAUUAAUGAGAACCCAGUAAAUGGUGAUCCCUUCUGUGUGGAAAUGUGUGUACUCUCCUCCAAGCGGCGGACAGUGCAGAUUUACAUGGUAUAUGAGGACAGAGUCCAACUGGUCAAAGAAGUGAGCACUCCUGAGCAGCCCUGUGCUGUAAGUCUUGAUGGUUACUUCUUGUGCUUGGCCCUUGCUACACAAUACAUGAUCCUGAACUACAACUCUGGAGCCUCCCAAGACCUCUUCCCUUACAACAGUGAAGAGAGGAGGCCCAUUUUAAAGAGGAUUGGCAGGGAGGAGUUCCUCUUAGCAGCACCUGGUGGUCUAGGAAUGUUUGCCAAUGCAGAGGGGGUAUCUCAGCGGGCUCCAGUCAACUGGUCAGAGGGCGUGAUUGGUGCCGCUGUAUGUUUUCCAUAUGUGGUGGCCUUGGAUGAGAACUUCAUCACCAUCCAUAGCAUGUUGGAUCAACAGCUGAAACAGACCCUGUCAUUCAGAGAUGGGCACAUUCUGCAAGACUUUGAAGGGAAGGUAAUACUGGCCUCCACUAAAGCAGUCUAUGUCCUGGUGCCCUUGCCACUGGAGAGACAGAUCCAAGACUUACUGGCCAGUCACAGAGUGGAAGAGGCGCUCACCCUCACAGAGGGAGCACAGAGGAAUAUUCCCAAAGAUAAGUUUCAGGUUUUGCACAAAAGAAUCCUUCAGCAGGUGGGUUUCAUACAGUUCAGCCAACUUCAGUUUCGAGAAGCAAGAGAGCACUUCAGGAAGGGUCAGCUGGAUGUGCGAGAGCUGAUCUCUCUCUACCCACUACUGCUGCCAGCUUCCUCUUCAUUCACUCGCUGCCACCCUCCUCUCCAUGAGUUUGCAGAUCUCAACCACCUGGCACAAGGUGACCAGGAGAAAGUGCUUCUGUACAAGAACUUCCUCAUCAGUUAUUUGGGAGAGGUACGAAACACAGAGGUGGUGAACGUUUGUAGAGAGGAUGUGGACACAGCGUUGUUAAAACUGUAUGCUGAACAGGAUCACGAGAGCCUUCUAGACCUUCUAGCUUCAGACAAUACCUGCCUGCUGACAGACAGCAUCCCGUGGCUAGAGAAAUAUCACAAAUAUUUUGCACUUGGGCUGCUCUAUCAUUAUAAUGGUCAAGACUCAGCAGCACUUCAGUUGUGGAUUCGUUUGGCAGAUGGGGAUCUGCAGGAUUCCACAAGAACUGACCUUUUUGAGUAUAUUGUGGACUUUCUGUCCUCCUGCUCCAAUCUGGACCUUGUAUGGACGUAUGCAGACUGGGCCUUGCUGAAAGACCCCACUAUAGGCAUGCAUAUCUUUACUAAGAGGCCUCUCAGUAAGGAUGUGUCGCAAUUAAACCCUGAUGAUGUCAUCACGUACCUUGGAAAACACAGCCAAGCGCUGCUUCUUUACUUGGAAUACCUGGUGCUUGAGAGAAGGAUACAGAAAGAGAAGUUCCACACACACCUGGCUGUAUUGUACCUGGAGAGGGUCUUGUCACUGCAAUCACAGUCACCAACAGAUGAGGCGCAGCUGACCACAGCCAGAGAGAGGCUUCAAGCCCUUCUCAGGGAGUCCAACCUAUACCUUGUACAGUUACUUUUAGAUAAGAUGGAGAACUGUGAACAGCUGCUGCUAGAACGUGCAACACUAUAUGGCAAACUGGAGGAGCAUGAGAGAGCUCUGCACAUACUGGUACACCAGCUCAGAGACUUCCGCUCUGCUGAGGCCUUCUGCUUAUGGGCCUCGUCUUGUCGGGACUCUGCUUACCGACAGCAGCUCUUUCACCUGCUCUUGGGGGUGUAUCUCGAUGGGAGCCACCGUGGACAGUCCCAUGCAGUAGCAGCAGGGGGUAGUGGAGAGCUGGAGAUGGCAGCAGUGGACCUCCUGAACCGUCACGGCGAGGUUUUUGACGCCAUCAGUGUCCUACGGCUACUCCCUGAAAGCUGGUCACUGCAGCUGCUGCGGCCCUUCCUGGGUCGAGCAGUCAGGGCCAGUAUGCAUGCCUGCCGCACUUCCCAAAUUGCUCUGGGGUUAGCUCACUCUGAAAACCUGCAACUGCUACAUGAUCGGUUGAAAGAACGAAAGAAACAAAUCCUGGUGUCUGAAAAGAAGGGAUGCCAUCUGUGCCACAACACCUUCAGUGAGCCUGAUGUGGUGUGUCUGCCCGGCGCAGUGCCUGUCCACACUCACUGUGUCGCCCACAGAGUAAGAGACUCGCCCACAAAGAGACUGUUAACUAAUAGCAGCAACCACACGUGAGACACCACCGUUUAAACUGUCACAUGACCUGCGAUGGUUGGAGGCACCAAAAUAAAGCAGGGGCUCGCUAAGAUUGGAUUGGCUGAGGACUGAGGGGGGUUUAAAAAAAAAGCACAGAGCACACUUUGACAGAGAGGAUCACAAAGAAAGCUGUGUAUGUGUGAGGGAGAAACUGGUGAUUUCAGCUAUUUAUUCCUGUUCUGCAGUUAUGCUUCACUUUAUGCCACAACUUUUAUUGGUAAAAAAAGAAAAAACCUGCCUUUUUAAAAUAACUUAAAUGGAGAGUAAAUCAAAGCUCUUGUUUGCUUGUUCCUUUUGUGUGUGUGAUGUGUUCCCUUUCUUGUCUUCAUUUCGUUCAGGUUUUCAACCUGAGUAACAUCUCGAGUAAGAUUUUGGUCCAGAAAAUGUUGAAAAAUGUUAACCAGUUUUUUUAUAACCUCAAAAUGAGGUUUUCAAAUGUCUUGAUUUGUACACAAACCAAAAUUAUUCAGUCUCAAUGAUUUCUUUGUUAUAUGAAGAUGAAAAUAAAACAAAGGACUUGUAUUAAUUAUUAAAUAAUAAACAUUCAAACCAAUUAAUUCACUAUAAAAUUAAUUGUAGAUCUGUUAAGUUAUCGAUCAGUAAUGGAUUCAUCAUCACAGCUCUACUUCAGAGCACACAAUAUUUAAAUUAUUUUGCAAAUAUCUUUGAACCAUGUGAAGUAUUAACACCUCAGGUCUGGGUGCUUCAUAUCACUUAAAUUGAUUUAUUAUUAGGGUAAGGGUUACUGUGAAAAACUUAUCAGUGCUGAUAAAUGAAGAGAGUUCAGAAGUGGUUUCAGUGCUGUCGUUUAUAAAACUCACGCAAAUUAAAUGACUGAUCGUGUCAGACAUUUUCUGUCAUUUUAUAGUAAUUGAGUGAAUAAAAUGAGAGGGAUAUUUGCUGUCCAGCUGGUGUUUGCUACCCCUCUGUGGGCUGUGCAGGUACUGCAGGUGGUACAUUAAAAAUGAAUAGUCAUUUUCAGUUUUGUAAUUAGUAAAUAAGUUAUCAUUAACUGUUCUGAAUCAAUUAAAAAAGGUAACAUGAAGUCAUAUAUAUGUAUUAAAAGACUUGCAUUAUACAAAAUGUUGAUGGGGAAUAGUUUUCAGGUGGGAAAAGGACAGCAUGUGUGUGUUGAUUGGAGUUGAGAUUAAAGGUGUUGGUCACAUGAGAUUUGUAGAACUUUCGAUUAGUGUUCUUCAGUUUGGGAAUGGCUGCUACAGAUAAAAAUGAAUCGCUUGCAGCUUCUGUCUGGACAAAUCUAAGCCCCAGUCAAAAUGGACUGGUGUAAACUAAAAUGUAUCCUUAAUUGGCUUGAAACAGGUGAACAAAUCUUGUGAAAUCAGUACUUGCAAGAACAGGUAGUCAUUUUUCAAAUUGUUUACCGCUUUCAUAAUAAUACACUUAAUUUUGUUCAAGCUGUAAAAACAUAUGUGUCCACAAGAUGGCAGUAAUGUAUAAAACAAAUACGGUGAACAGCAGGUGUAGCAGUGGAAUGAAAUUAUGAUAUUCUUCACUAUUAUUCUACUCGAGUCACAGGAAGAAACAACUAUUAUCUUUUUGGGACAAAACUAUUCAUCCUGUUACCACACUGGUGUUUAAUAAGCUGUCUCUGGAGGUGUGCUAUUGAAAUACUUAAAAUGAUAAUUCAAUUAUAAACUGACAUCCAGUGACACGGUGUACAGAAUUGGUAUGUGUAUGAGAAUGCAUGGCUGAAGCUUUCCUGCAGAAAGUAAUGAAUGAGACAGUGAAAAGACGAAACCUUUAUCAUCCAUGACUUGAAUGGCCCAAGAACAUACGGCUUGAUACAUCUCUGCUUUCGUAACUGCAUCCCUCAGAGUGCUGAAGUUAUGGCUUUAACCUUUUAAUCCUGACACCUCUCUCAGAAAAUGGAAGUCAGCCCUGUUCCAUCAUAAUGAAGCCCUAAAAUUCUUUACAGACUUGUCAUCACAAAGCACCACUUCGUCCUUUAGUGCUAUCCUAACGUUGUGUACGUGUCAGUACGUGUCGGUCCUCGUAAACAUUUCACCUGCACAGGUGCAUAAUGUGUCCGUGUUGCAGAAUUGUCAGAGCAGUCAAAUUCAGGGACGUAUUUGGCUUAACCAUAUCAAACUGCUUCACUCUGAAAAACUGUCUUGUCCAAAGUGAUGGAAAGAAGCUUCACUGUUAAAAUCAGUGUGAAUUCAUGUAAACUUGUCUGUCUGUCUGUCUGUCCAAAGAUGCUCGGCCUGAUUUACGCUAAAAUAAAGAAACAUUGUCACUUUUA